ACACACUAGAAGUUCUCAAUGUUUCAGUCCCAUUCAGACGGGUUGUUUCGAUCCAAUCCGUUGAAGGGGUCCUUGGGCUACAAAUCCCCUCGCACCCUCUGAUUCUUCGUCACACACUCAGACUCGUUCGUCCCGGUCCAGGGCAGCAUAUCAUGAGGCUCGCUCGCUUCCUCAUCUUCUUCCUGGGUGCUGCAUUAGCGCCUCUGCUCCUCUUUUCCUGUGCAGAUGCAUCCGAGGUGGGCGUGAACUAUGGGAGACUGGGGAACGACCUGCUGGACCCUGAGUCGGUGGUGCAGCUACUCAUGGACAACGGCAUCACCAUGGUCAGGAUGUACGACACCAACUCAACGGUUCUCAAUGCCAUGGCCAACACCGGCAUCAAGGUCAUGGUGAUGAUGCCCAACGGCAACAUCGCCGACGCGGCCAGGAGCCGGUCUUACGCGCUCGACUGGGUGCGGCGAAACGUGGCAGCGUACUUACCCGACACAGAAAUCAAUGGUCUGGCCGUGGGGAACGAGGUGUUCGAGCAGGCCAAGAACCUGACAUCGAAGCUUCUCCCGGCCAUGAUCAACGUGCAGGCGGCGCUGGCGAAGCUGGGCCUCGACGACGCCGUGAAGGUGACCACGCCGGUCGCGUUCGACGCGCUCAGGGAGCCGUCGUUCCCGCCGUCCGGGGCCAGGUUCCGGGACGACAUCGCGCAGUCGGUGAUGAAGCCCAUGCUCCAGUUCCUGCAGCAGACCGGCUCCUACCUCACCAUCAACCCCUACCCGUUCCUCGCGCUCGCCAAGGAGCCACAGAAUAUCACCCUCGAAUUCGCGCUGGGGAGCUACGAGCCCGGCGUGCCGGACCCGAACAGCGGCCACGUCUACCACAGCUUACUGGACGCGAUGAGGGACGCCACGUUCUUUGCCAUCGAAAACUUGACGGAACCUCACAUGCAGACGAUGGCCAGUGGCUCGAAUGCAGGUCAGACCGAUACAGUAUGGACGGAGACUGGGUGGCCAUCACGUGGACAAGUCAAUCUGGGGAAGAAACCACCACGCGAUGCCGAGACGAGUUCGAAGGCCGACACAAUCGAAUGCCCGCCGGCGACGGUAGCCAACGCCAAGGCAUACAACAACUACGUCAUCAACAGAGUGCUGUCCGGCGACACGGGCACCCCGCGCUACCCCUACAUCGACAUGGACGUGUACAUCUUCGCCCUCUUCAACGAGAACGAGAAGGGCGACGGGGCAGAUGACGCCGAGCGAUACUUCGGCCUAUUCUACCCCGACGGGACGAAGGUCUACGACUUCGACUUCCAGGGCACGGAUGCAAAAUAAACUGUCCUUUCCGUGCUCUUUUGAAGAACAAGGAGUUUCUGUCCACGACUAAACAAUUGCGACGUCGGAAAAUGAAACUCACACGAAUGUAGUCGUUUACAUCAACGGUGGAUACCGCUGUUAAGCUCUUUUUUUUCGAAAGCAGGCCGCUGUUAAGCUCGAACUGCAUGUCAGAUGGAACUGUGUUAUCUCAUGAAACUUUUCUAAUGAAAUGUUUACGUUGGAACA